AUGCAGUUGCCCAGACUUCAGCCAAGCUACUUCGAAUUGAAUCUUGAAUUGAUCAAUCCUCAUCAUCAAGCUCAUGUCGCACUACUUCCAGACAAACCUAUGCAGUCAGAUACUGAUAGCUACGCGGCUGCUGUGUCUUUCAAAAUUGAAGCACAACAAAUUCCAAUACCGCCAUUAUCGUAUCCACAUGCAUGGCAACUCUUUUAUGAUCUUGAUCUUAAGAUUAAGACACGGUUCAAUCGUCCACACAAUUUAAUAGUUUUUGCUAAACGAGACGGAGGUUAUGAAUCAUUGAACGGUGCUGUUGCUCAAUUCUAUCUCAACGUCACUCAACUUCGACGACAAAUGACGUUUCCUAUCACAUAUUCUCAGUUUCGUGCCACGAAAUGUCGAAUUUAUGAGUCAAUGAAUGGAGUACUGAAGAAAGGCUCUGUCAUAACAAUUCAUUAUCUAAUUCCUGGUGCCAAGAAUGUCUAUGUGAUAGUUGAUUCCCAAUGGCUCAAUCCCGAAGGCUAUAAUGAUCCAAUUCUGAAGAGACAAGUGACUGUCGGUUCAAAGGAUGUUAGUAUUUAUGUUCAAUAUGAACAGAACAAAAGUUAUCAUGGACAUGUCAAAUAUUCUGUUCAAUAA